AUGGCUUUCUCCCUCGCCGCUAGCAUGGCUGCAGCGGGAGCGAGAGACGGCGGCGGCGAUAGCAGCAGCGCCCGUUCUUCGGCGGCGAGCCGCGAACAAAGCCCCGCAGGAAACGUCGCCAGCGAGGAGGGACGAGGAGGAAGAGGAGGGGGGGAAGGGAGAUGGCCGAGGGCUCCCAUGGACGAGGCCACGGCCGCUUUCUCCGGCUCUCGUUCGUUCGGAUUCGGCGCGGCUCAGAGCUCAGGGGUCGGCGUUAACAGCGCGUUAACCCCGUCGUUUUUGUUCAACCUACCCCGGCGCGCCGACACGUCCCCCACUAGCGGCAGCGAGAGCGGGACCGACGGCGGGAGGACGACCGCGGCGGCCGAGGAAUACAACAGAUCACCGGCGGCGGCGGCGGCGGGGAUGGCGCACGGCGCGAGCAGCGGCGGUGAAUCCCCGACCACCUGGGCCGACACGGCGCUGGUUAGCAGGCAGCUGCCCACGGUCGAAGGCCUCCUGCCUCCCCCUCCCGUCACCGCCCACGGCGUGCCGUCCGUGGCCUCGCUCGACCCCCACUGGCGGCGCCGGAUGCCGAAGGCCCGGAAGCCGGCCCUGUUCAGGUUCGGCGGCCGCGCCGGCGGCAGCGACGGCGGCGGUGGUGGUGGUGGCUGCGACGGCGGCGCCUCUUCCCAGCCGUCUUCGUGCCGGUGGCCGACUUUCAUGUCGAGGCGGACGGCGACCGCGGCCGCCGCGGCGGCGGUGGUAUCCCCAGGCACGGAUGGGGACGGGGAACCCUUCGCACGCCGCGGUGGCGACCGCGCCGGCGGUGGCGAGCUGCUAUCUUCAGCGUCGGUGCCGAGGGCGUCAUGGUUGGGCGGGAGCAUUUCCUCGUCGUCGUUGUGCUCGUCGUCGGCCGUUGUGACCCUCCACGGCGGGAGGAACAACGACGCGAGACUCGCGAAGCUGUCGUUGACCGACCGCGGAGCCGGAGACGCCCUGGGUCCCACGCUUGAGACGCUCGAGUUGGAGUUCGUGGGCAGGAAAAGGGAGUGAUUUCUCCCGCCUCUUGUUGUAUUAGAUGCGGUGGGCGUGUAUACUUUUCGUGAUUGGAGGAAGGCGGCGGCGGCGGCGGAGGGGCGGGACCGGGAGGGUUCAAUGCCUUUGUAUGCAAUGCACGUUUCGUCAGGCUACUCCGUACCGUAAAGAAAAAGUUAUUUAGCACCGCCACGAACGCCGGAACGGGGCACGAGGAGUUUUACGGUCAACCAGGCCGGUUGCUGUCCGGGGAGUCGCACAUGGGAGCCGUGCUUGUCCGCGACUCCAAGAACCCCUGUCGGAGGGGUAGUUCGGUCACCUGGUGGGGAGAGUGGGUCCUGGCGGAUAUCGCAUAUAUGUGUUUCCUCCCCACUGGCCGUUUCAAAGCGAGGAAUCGCGUAGACGCGGGGACGGGGGGGGGGGGGGGG